AGAUCGAGCUGCAGGGAGGGCCCGUGCGCUACAAGUUCAGUCCCCAAGUGAUGGCAGCCUGAGGUCGGCGAUCAGACGGUAGGAAGCUCGUCGCCGUGAUGCUGGACUUCACGCCGGCCGGGACUGCCAGACGGCAGGCCUACGGCAACGUGGUCGUGGGCCUGGCGAUGCUCUGUAUCUGCGUGCUGGCGUCUUCGGUCCGCCUCUUCUCUGUGAUCAAGUAUGAAUCAGUGAUUCACGAGUUCGACCCCUAUUUCAACUAUAGGGUCUCCCGCUUCCUGACUGAGAAGGGCUUCUAUGAGACCUGGGACUUCUUCGACUCCUUCACCUGGUACCCGCUGGGCCGCGUGGUGGGCGGCACUAUGUACCCAGGUGCAGCAUGGGUGGGGUGGCACCCCCCACCCCCCCCCCCCCCAUCCCCUCCACAGGUCUGCGUGUUCACCGCGCCCCUGUUCUCCGCCUUCUGCGCCCUGUCCACCUACCUGUUCAUGAAGGAGGUGCGGGGGCAGGGGGCAGGGCUGGCCUCCGCCGCCAUCAUCGCCGUCGUCCCCUCAUACAUUUCGCGGUCGGUGGCUGGGUCGUACGAUCUGGAGGCUGUGGCCAUCUUCGCCCUCGUCUUUGUCUUCUACCUCUACGUCAAGACGCUGAACACGGGCAGCCUGAAGUGGGCCACCGCGCUGUUCUUUGGCUACCUCUACAUGGUGGCCUCCUGGGGUGGCUACUCCUUCAUCGCCAACCUUCUCCCCAUCCACUGCCUCGCCUGCAUUGUCUUCCAGCGCGUGUCAGCCCGCCUCUACAUCGCAUACGCGCCCUGGGUCAUCCUGGGAGCACUGGCGGCAGCCAACAUCCCUGUGAUUGGGUUCAACGCGGUGCUGAUGAGCGAGCACAUGGCAUCCUUCUUCGUUUUUGGGCUGCUGCACGCCGCGCUGGCCAUCCAGUACAUCCAGCAGAUGCUGCCUCCCCGCGCCUACUCGGCCGCCAAGAAGCUGGUGCUCACGUUUGGCACCACCGCGUUGGCAGUGGUCAUGGCGCUGGUGGUCUCCUACGUGGCUGCCUCCCCGACAUUUGGAUGGACAGGCCGGUCCCUGUCUCUGCUGGAUCCCACCUACGCGUCCAAGUACAUCCCCAUCAUCGCAUCCGUGUCGGAGCACCAGCCCCCCUCCUGGUCCUCCUACUUCACAGACCUGCACAUUUCCUCGCUGCUGGCGCCCGCGGGCCUGCUGCUCUGCUUCCGCCCCCUCACUGAUGCCUCCCUCUUCCUUCUGCUCUACGGCGUGACCGCCGUCUACUUCUCGGGUGUCAUGGUUCGUCUCAUGCUGGUGCUAGCCCCGGCAGCGUGCUGCCUGGCUGGCCUGGCACUGUCCGAGGUCACAUCCUACCUGGCCACCUCACUGGCGGCGGCGCAGCUGGAUGGUGACAGCGCACAAAAGCAGGGCAAGAAGGCGGAGGAUGGGGCAGGUGGGCAGGUGGCGGAUUUUGGUUUGCGCUCCACAGCGGACAAGGGCGGCAAGAAGGGCGCCAAGCACGCCAAGAAGAGCGCGAGCGCCGACAGCGGCUGGAUAUCCGAUACGUGGCGCCCGCUGCCCAAGGAUGUGGCGAUUGUGGGCCUGAUCCUGGUGUUUGCGGGAACGAGCUUGUUCUACAAGCACUCUGUGUACGUGGCGGGGGAGAUGUACAGCGCCCCAUCCAUCGUGCUGCAGAGCCGGCGUGCUGAUGGUGGCAUCAAGGUAUUUGACGACUUUCGUGAGGCAUACGCCUGGCUCUCGUACAACACAGAUCCCGAUGCCAAGGUGGCCAGCUGGUGGGACUAUGGCUACCAGACCACCGCCAUGGCCAACCGCACCGUCAUCGUGGACAACAACACCUGGAACAACACCCACAUUGCCACCGUUGGGCGCGCGAUGUCCAGCCCGGAGCGCAAGGCGUGGCAGAUCUUCCGCAGCCUGGAUGUGGAGUAUGUGUUUGUGGUGUUUGGCGGCUUCAUCGGCUACCCCAGCGACGACAUCAACAAGUUCUUGUGGAUGGUGCGCAUCGGCGGCGGCGUGUUCCCCGAGAUCAAGGAGCCAAACUAUCUUGGCAGCGACGGCAACUACCGUGUGGAUGACCAGGCGGGCAAGGCGCUGCUGGACUCCACCAUGUGGAAGCUGUCCUACUACCGCUUUGCCGACUGCGGUCCCAUGUUUGGUGCACCACGCGGCUACGACCGUGUCCGCAACACCGUCAUCGGCAAGACAGACUUCGAGCUCAAGUACUUUGAGGAGGUGUUCACCAGCGAGCACUGGAUGAUGCGCAUCUACCGCGUGCUGGACAAGCCCAACCGCGACACCAAGCUGCGCAACCCACGCCGCACCAAGGUCACCAAGAAGGCCCGCAGCAAGCGGAGAGGCGCGUCGGGGGCGCUGUCCUGAGGGGGCUCCGCUCGAUGGGUGCGGGCACUGCUGCGACAUGCUGGGCAGCAGGCAGGAAGUUGUGCCCCUGAUGCGCAAGCACAGAUGUGCCUUAGCGUCUGAUGCCGUUAAUGGGAGCACUGCGGCGCACUAGUGCCCCAGAUUUUGCGCGAUCGUCUUGUUUCCUUUGGUGCUUUGUUUUCACCGCCAGUCCAAAUGAUAUUGGCUUCUCCUCUGUGCUGCACAUCUCUAGCUGUUCAGCUGACAUCACCAGCUUUAUGGUCAGUGAUGGAUGCAAACACUAGACAAGC